CAUUGAGCUUGCGUUAGACUUAUCGGAAAUUUGUGCUCCUGAGUAACGACCAAGCUAAAGAGGGUGACCACGCCAGUGUCAACCUUGUGACAUUGUCUUACCUUUAAGCAAAUACAGCGAGGAUUGUUUUGCUGAGGAAAACCAAGAAGACUGCCAUGGCCAAAAGAAUUACACAGAAAACAUUUGAUGAUGUGGUCUGUGAAAACAUGCAAGAGUUUGACAUGUCAGCAGAAGAGGCACUGCAGGAAGCUGAACAGCAGUUUCUGGCACAGGGAAUAGACCUCAGCAACAUAGUCAAAGACAUCAGUUCCCACACUGGAGAGGGGACCACACACCCAGUAGUAGCUGCUGUGCAGAAUCUCAGUGGUGUGCUGGACAGUGGAGAUAUAGAUCCUACCACAGUGAAGGCAGCUUUAGCUCAGAUAAAAACAGAAUGUGAUAUAGAUCUCCCUCAUAGAUGUCUUGCUGGUAGCAACAAGGCAUACCCUGUACUCUUCAAAUUAUGUCAGAAACUUUCCUCUGACAAAGAACUUCUGAAAUGCUGUGUGGAUGCCCUCAGUUCACUUCUGAAUGGGCAGCCUGACCUGGUGGACCAGACUGGUAUAGAGUACUUCACCAACUUGCUGAAGGACAGUGAAGAAUCUGAAGAACUCUGUGAAGCGCUUGUAAGGAUGAUUCGUUUGACUUGUGUCAUGCAUGAAAAGAACAGACAAGCUUAUGUAGAACAGAAUCUUAUUUCUGUACUCAUCUCUGUUUUGACUGCACACCAGAAAAGUGCUGGGAUUGUGAAAGAAGUAUGUUUUGCAUUACGUGUUUUAACCUUUGAUGAUGAUCCAAGGGUCCCAUUUGGAAAAGCUCACGAACAUGCCAAGAUGAUAGUGGCAGAGGCAAAUGCUUUGAAGGUGAUAUUGGAGACGUGUAAUGGCUUUACAGGGGAUGUAGCUGUACUUGGGGAGCUGUUUGCAACUCUGAGUAAACUUGCUGUCAGGAAUGAGUUUUGUCAGGAGAUAGCAGACAGAGGGGGUUUACAGCUAUUGAUGACUACCCUCACUGAAAACAUGCAUCACCAGGGUUUAGCCAAGCAUUCCAUUGGCUUGAUGCGAACCAUUGCAGGGAAUGACAAUGUGAAGGCAGCUAUUGUGAAUGCUGGUGGUGUGGAGCUGAUUGUGGGAGCUAUGGGGACACACCAGGCACAGCCUCAGAUAUGUGAGAAUGGUUGUGCAGCUUUGGGAACACUUGCCCUGCGCUUACCCCCUCAUUGUGCCAAAAUCGUGAAAUGUGGAGGCCAUGAAGUCAUUAUCCAAGGGAUGAAGAUACACAAAGAUGUCUCUGCUGUGCAGAAGCAGGCUUGCAUGGCUCUGAGGAAUUUAGUAGCUCGUACCAGAGAAUACUGUGAUCCAAUCUUGGAACUUGGUGCGGAGGGUUUGAUUAACCUGGCCUACCAGCAACAUAAAGAUUGUACAGAUGAAGCCAAGAGUGCACUCAGGGAUUUAGGCUGCAAAGUGGACUUGAUAGAAAGAUGGAAAGGAGAAAGGGGAGAAAUUUCUCAGUGAGGAGAAAAAUGGUUGUCUUCCAAGUCCCCAUGACUCUGAUCGUAUAUAUACUGUGAACACAAAUGCUGGAACAAUUUUGUAGGAAAAACUUUAGUGUAAUGUAGUAUAACACAAACCAAGCUGAAAGGAGGAACUUAUUUAAAAGUCAUAAUAUAUGUUGUUU